AUGGAGUACCGUGUCUUCAGCGAGACGGAUUUUAACUCAACGAUUGGAGCCGGUGGUACCUUAGGCAUUGAGAAACUUGUCAAUCUAAGUCUGUCCCACAAGCGAACCUCUAGACGUUUCCGGAAGGCUUCGGAUGUCUUCAAAUCGGGAAGAUUACGGCUGAAGAGGUCUCUGUUCCACUAUAUGGAGGAGCAAGGAGACACAAGUUCUGGUCCAUUCCUGGUGGCAUUUGGAUCGGAGCGCUCCCUUCGCUACUGGACAGUCAACGAAAACUACGAAAUCUACGGCACAAGCAACCCCCAAAAUGCCUCUCUCUUCUUCAUCAUCUCUAGCGACAGUGGUCAACAUCCGCACGAGUUCCACAUUGCAUACAAGGGGGAUAACCGACACGUGCUGAAGAAGCGAGUGAGCUCCCUAACCCCAUUCUCGCAGAGAACAGUGGAAGCAAUUCCGCGGUACCUCGAUGCUGUGGUGUCUAUAUUUGGGUCGAAUCCAGGCCCAUUGCAGCUUGUGUACCACGUCUCUGAGCGGAGUAGGCUGCUGUUGUACAGGAGAAUUGCUAACGAGAAGGGGCCAAUCAGUCUGUCUACUUGGACGCAGGGAGACGACGUGUUUUUCAUCAACUGUGCACGGCGGAGUAUGAAGAGGGAUGGGUCUCGGGCGGGGAAUAGACGCGACGGACCCGAAGCCGUGGGGGCCAACAAAAGCGCUUUUCAAGUCCGUCGCAUAUCAGCGAAAAGCGUCCUGGCUACGGAAGAAGGAGGCUCGCUGCAGAGCUACGACCGUGAGGUGUGGAGUUCCGUAACCCUUAGAGCCAAUUUGAAGGCGUCCGUCGUCGUCCCUGCCCCGUCGCAAGCGCCGGUUGAAAUCGGCGCUGAUUCGGACCUAUCGCGUUCUACAACCUCCGGGCGUAGGACACUAGGGAAGAAGGUGAUCAACCGUAGCGUAUCUUUCAUGAGCGACCACGACGAUAAGAGUGCCGACGACGGCGACGAUAAAAAGCCGGAGAGCGACGGCGGCGGCGAUCGACCUUUCGCCGACAGCGUCGCUAACGCGCAUUUCGCACUCCCGCCGUUCGAGGAACGACUGAGCAAGUGGAUAGUGGAUAAAAUUGUACAAGAUAAGGGGGCUAAGCUCGAUUGCAAUCUCGAGGACUUUAUCAGCAAAUCAAACGAAAAGGAAAAGAGGUUGAUCCUUCUUUUAUGCGACCAAUUUGUCAAGCACUUCAAAAUCACCCACUACGUCAGCACAAUUGAGCUCGGGGCCUUAGAGUAUUCCGUCUUUAGUGAGACAGAAUUCAACUCAUCUAUUGGAGGAGGGGGUGUUCUGGGUGUUGAGAAGAUCGCCACACUCAGCGUCUCUGGCAACCGCAGCUCGCACAGGUUCCGGAAGGCUUCGGAAGUGAAGAUGAUCGGCAAGAUCUCUGACGUCAAGAAGAUCCCCUACCUCCAAGUUGCCCUACAGUGGUCUCUCAACAACUACAUAGACGAGCAAAGAGACAUCAGUACUGGUCCGUUCCUUGUGGCAUUUGGAACAGGGGAUCAAGAGCGGUACUGGAAGGUCGAUGGAAACUAUGGCAUUAUUGCCAUCAUCCACAUUGCCUACAUGGGGGACAACGGAGCCUCCAGAAAACUGGGCGCCAUGACCCAGAAAACCAUUCCACGCUACCUCGACGCAGAUGUGUCUCUAUUCGGAACCAACUCGGGACCGCUCCGUCUUGUGUACCACGUCUCUGAGCGGAGCCGACUCCUGCUGUUCGGGAGAGUUGCAAAUGAGAAGGGGCCGAUCAAUCCGACAAUGUGGGCGCAGGGAGACGACAUGUUUUUCAUCAACUGUGCACGUAGGAGGAUGAAGAGGGAUGGGUACAUUGGCAUGCGUCAGCGCAGAAGAGAUCAAUGGGUUUCAGCAUGUUUUCCACGACGUGGUGCUCACAACGAACAGAACAAGUUCAUGGUUUCCGUCUUCUCCCUGUGUCAUCUAAAUCUAACUCUGGGCCAAGGACAGCAGUUCUAA